GCCAAGCCAGCCCAUUUAAAUAUUCGUAAGAAAAAAAAUCGUGAAAGGGGAUCCACAGCGCAAACGGCGACUGCGAGCACACGACUCCACCACCUCCGCCGGCGAGGGUUAGGGCCUGUGGUCGCCGCCAAGUGGACUCCCGUGCGGCGGCGAUGACGAGGAGAUCUACUUAUGGACCCUUCUUGAUGGCAAGGAACAUUACAUUACAUGGCCAAACGAAUUGGAGUAAGUCGACUCAGACCAGCCACCUCCCUUGUGGUAAUGCUUUUUUCUGCACCCUCGGCGAGCAAUUUGCAGCCACCAAAGGGAAGAAUAGAGGGAAAAUGAGGAAGGAAACCAAGAAGGUCAAUGUAAGAUCGGCCUUCAUCAUUGAUAAUAGCACCCAUCGCGAUGAGUCUAUAUACAGAAACUCUUUUCUCCAAAAAAUAUGUAGUGUUACAAACCGUAAUGAGAGUAAGUGAUGCGAAUCCCUCUCAUGUAUUGCUCCUUUUAAUUUGGGAUAUUUUAUAAGUCGUAUGAUUUAUCGAUUUAAAGUUUGAGGCUGAAUGUACAUGAUUUUGUUUUGAAAUAUGCAAUGUAAAAUUUUGAUUGCUCUAGUGAAACUGGUUAGCACAAAGUAGAUCUACAUGUAGGAUAUUCUAUCUUCUAUUCAAAAUAGCUAAUCCCUCCAAUCUAUAUUACUUGUCUAGAUACGGAUGUAUCUAACACUAAUAAUAUGGAUCAGAGGGAAUAGUUAGAAAUUUUGUGAUAAAUAAUACUCACUCGGACCCAAAAUAAGUAUGAAACUCGCAGAUUUGCGAUAAUUGAUAGAUUUUGAAUGUUCUAUUAAGUAUCAUUAAGCUUAACUUGUUCUUUUUACAUUUUGUCAUGCACGGAAUGAAACUUCUAGCAUGUGUUCUUGUAGCUUGGAUUUUGAUUAAUCUAUUCUUAUAGCUUGGCUCCUGAAAGUUUUACUUUUUUUUCUUUCAAAAAAGUUUUACUUUUUCCAUAUAUUAUUCUUUUAUGAGCCUCACUUAUUUGAUUAGUGUAGUUAUGUAGUUAUCUUUUAUACGAAAAUUUCUAUUAGACAGUUGUUUCUAACUUAACACUAAUGUCUACCUAUAAAUCAUAGUUGUGCUAUUUAUGGUAAGUAUCCAUCUAAUAUAUACUUUUAUGAAGCACAACUAGAGCCAAUGAUGUUAUUGGAUCCCACUGAUUGUUUUCCUGACCGAGAAAGAUGUGUUGUGCAUUCUGUACGCUACAUGAUGCAAAUAUUUUCAUUAAAGUUGGCUAAAGUUCCUGUGAACACAAGCUCGGUACAACUAUAUGGAUGUAUAGCUGCGCGAGAUUGUCUGGAUUCAUUGCUAAAUUAUAUUGUCAAUCGUAGCAGGGACGAUCCCAUUACAGUGCAUCAGGGCUCUCUCAUUGAGAUGACUGGCCCUAAGAGGGGAAUCACAAUGACCUCUCCUGUUCUAGUUGAGUUUGACAUGAGGAUCAGGAAAGGAGAGCAAGAAGAAGAUGAUCUACAAUUAAUUGACGGUGCAAUAGACUGCGAACUAACCACACCUUCCCGUCCAUCCACUAACCGCAUUAAUGGCGAUUGUGGAGCAGUUGACAUCACUUUGGCCCGCGUUCCCGGUGCGGUGGAGGCCACUAUAGAUGUUAUUAUAUCAAAAGUGCAGAGCGGAUUCAGUUUAUCUCUGAGCUCGUUUGUGUUUGCCGGUGGGUCACAUGAGGGAAUCGAACUCUUUUGUGGUACUAUCGGUGAGUCAUGUGGCUUAACAAGAAGAUAUGUGAUUGCUGUACAGAUGGGUAGUUGGAUGCAUUUGAAGUUCAAUGUAGGUCAGAAAGGCUCUGAAUAUGAUGAUCUGGAACGCUAUUGCCGCUUCAAAGCAGACAUCCAUGGGUGUGACUGUCGACAAAUAAUACUUGAGCAUGCAUCAAUCUCGCUGAAGGUGACUUGGUUGAUUGUGCGAUAAAGUCGUUGUGUUUUGUAUUCAGACUUUACUGGAAUUAUUUGGUCUUGCACUGGAUGGAUACAUAAUCUCCUGCCGGCAUGCUCCACCUGCGCGCUCUUGCGGCGCGGCUAUCUCCAGUUCGUCCCAGAUGAGAAGGGAAGCAGAUAAUGUUGCAUGGCUCAUUCCUCGUUCAUAGUACUGUAAUUGUGAAUUUACAUUUGCUUGAAGCGUCAGAAGCUUCAUAUAGUCGAGGAUAGCACAGCUGCUCUGCGAAACAUCACGUACAAGACCAAUUGUCCUGCCCCUGUUUUUUAGACACCUCUGUGCGAACCUGCAGAGGAUGAUUAUCAGCAAACUGAAAAUAAGAUAAGGAUGUAGCUGC